CGAGUCUCUUCUUUCCUCUCUGGCAAUUACGUCUGGCCCCGAUCAAACGGAUAUCAGUUGGAUUUCAAAUACCCCGCAUAGAAAGUAUGCGGGCCAAUCAGGCUCAUCCGAUGCAAAUGAUCCUCUUCGGGAGGCACAGCGAUCAUCAUCAACAUGGCCGGCCCCCAAGCCGACGUAAAUGAUGCUAUCGCGUCUGUUUUGGGCGAAUUGCCCGGCAUUUCUUCACUGAAAAACGAGCAAACAGAGGUCUUAAAGGCCUUUCUCGACGGAAAGGACGUUUUGGCGCUCCUGCCUACCGGAUUUGGUAAGAGUUUAAUCUAUCAAAUCGCCCCGCUUGUGUCGAGGAAAUUGGGUCGCCAGAAUCCAAUUGUAGUGGUGGUGUCGCCGCUCACUGCACUAAUCGAGGACCAAAUUCGCGAGGCUACACGAAUUGGGGUGACAGCAACACAUCUUGGAGACGACAAUCAACGUGCUGGUAUCAUCAAUGGAGAGUUCCAGCUAGUGUUUGGGAGCCCGGAGCGGUUUAUUUGCCAAGAGCAGUGGAGGGACAUGCUAUCGUCCACCGUGUAUGAGGAAAAUCUCCUUGCGGUUGUGGUAGAUGAGGUCCACGUCACAUACAAAUGGGGACUGACUAAAGAUCCACAAAAGCAAGCCUUCAGAGAAGCUUUCAGUCGACUUGGAGAACUCAGAUCUCUUACAAAAGAAGGAACACCAAUUCUAGCUCUCACCGCAUCAGCAGAGCUACAAUCUACAAAGAAGGUGGUGAGGAUCCUCCACUUGCAGAACGCACAUGUAGUGAAAGCCAGUCCAAACAGGCUGAACAUUAGAUUGUCUGUGGUAAAAACAGAAUUCGAUUCCUGGGUCUGCCUUGACUGGAUUGUAAAGGAGCUUAGGAAGAAAGGACUGGACAUGGACCACAUCAUUAUCUACAGUCCAUCUAUAUUUUUGGCGGGGAGGGUAUACAAUUACCUGCAAUCUGAACUAGGUGAUGAUGCUUGGGUAGGGGAGCAGUGUUCAGCAAACUUGCUUAUUGGCAUGUAUCACGCUCCAACAUGGCAGAAAUACAAGACCAGGGUAGUUAAUUCAUUUCUAGGUAUGGGGAGUUGUAGGGUAGUUGUAGCCACAACUGCCCUAGGAAUGGGAUUGAAUUUUAAGACUAUAUCAAGGAUAGUAUUGUUUGGGCCACCUAAUGACAUGGAAGAUGUACUUCAGAUGGUGGGUAGAGCAGGUCGUGAUGGUGGACAGGCACAUGCUGUGUUUUACUACAACCGGGUACAGAUGAUACAUGCAGACCAGGCUGUUAAAGCGUUUGCUCGGGGAGAGGAUGGGGGGAAUGACUGCAUAAGAAAACGCUUAUACAAACAUUUUGAAGAAAGUCCAAUUUCAGUUCAGCCGGGGCAUGACUGUUGCUCAGUUUGUCAUCGCACAUGUAAUUGCUCAGAGCCAGACCCUUGCAUUGUGAAGUUUCCUGAGCACGAAUCAUUCAUGAAUAUAAUAACACUUCCAACCAGAACUAGAGAUGUCGAUGAACGUCAGCGAGCACUUAUAAGGGAGGUACUGGGAGAUUAUAAGGAGUCUUUGUCUCAGAAUGUCCCACUUUUCACCACUGAUGUUGAGUGCACAGGUUUUAGCGAUGGGCUAAUUGACUCUGUGGUACAAAAUUGUGAUCAUAUUUUCACAUUGGGGUAUGUGUUUGACAGGUUUUCUAUCUUUAAUCCAAACCAUGCUAAGGAAAUCUUGUGUGUUAUAAGCGAAGUCUUUGAUGACAUUGAGAACAUAGAUGAGGUACUCGGGGAUUACCCUUGGGGAUUGUCUGUAGAAGAAGAGCAAGAAGCUUUUGACUACAAUUUUGCUGGAUAUUUUGAUGAAGGACUUGUGCUUAAUGUUGUGGAUGACAUUGAUAAUGUUGAGGAGUAUGAUUAUGAAGAAGAUUAGACAGAUUAUACUUGCUGCCUACUGAUAGCAUUGUAUACAUGUUUAAUAAAUGAACGUAUUUGUCAUGGAAUAGAUUAAACAUGUAUUCAAGUUACUAUAUUGGAUGCAGUAAGUUUAUACGACAAACAGUGAAUAUACAUUUAAAUAAUUUACAAUAGAAAUACAUUGCGCACCAUUAACACAACAGGUGACACAGCUGAAGUGACAGUAUAUGUAUAUAAUCUAUAUGAAUGACUGUACAUUCAUAGAACACCCUUUUCUUCAGUACAGAUCAUAUGAAAGUCAAGAGAUUGGGCUAAGUUUCUUGUAUGUACAGACAUUUACAAAAAGUGUAUCACCAGACUCUAAACGGCAAACUAUUUGAGCCUGAGUAGAAGCAGACUUAGUACAUGUACAACUAUUCACUAAUUCCAGUCACCGUUCAGAUAUUUAGUGAUCAAGUAAUGGAAUAGAUUGAACAUGCUUUCAAAUUACUAUGGAUGUUUUAUAUAACAAUAAUUUACAAUAGAAAUACAUUGGGCACCAUUAACAUAACUGGUGACAUAGCAAUGACCAAGAUUGUAUAUGAACUGUAUGCUUUGGCUGUACAUUCAUAGGACAUCGUUAUGUUACAAUAAAGUUCAUAUGAAAGUCA